GUGUCUCGCGCUGCCUGCCGGGAUUGCGUUCAUGUCCGCCAUGUUCUCUGUGGCUCCGAGAGCGGAGCGCCCGAGUAGGAGUAGCGCGGCGCCGCGCAGCCACUAAACCCCGCUGCAGGAAUGGCCCCGGCCGCCGGCCUUCGAACGCGAGGGAGUCAAUGAUCGGCACGGCGACGGCAGAAGGAGUCGGCGGAGCGAGAAUCCGGCGGGCGCGGCCCGUUUCCCCCCCCGCGUUUCCUCGGCGUCGUGUUGUUUGCGUGAAAUCACACCGUCAUGAGUAAACUCUCGUUCCGAGCGCGGGCGCUAGACGCCGCCAAACCGCUUCCAAUUUACCGCAAUGGAGACAUCCCGGACCUCAACGACUGCGUGUCCAUCAACCGCGCGGUCCCGCAGAUGCCGACGGGCAUGGAGAAGGAGGAGGAAUCGGAGCACCAUCUCCAAAGGGCCAUCUGUGCCCAGCAAGUUUUCAGGGAGAAGAAGGAGUGCAUGGUCAUCCCUGUGCCCGAGGCAGAGGGCAAUAUCAACUAUUAUGACCGUCUGUACAAGGGGGAGUUCCGUCAGCCCAAACAGCUCAUACACAUCCAGCCAUUUGGCCUGGACUAUGAGCAGCCGGACUACGACAUGGACUCAGAGGACGAGACGCUCCUCAACCGACUCAACCGCAAGAUGGAGCUUAAACCUCUGCAGUUUGAGAUCAUGGUGGACAGACUGGAGAAAGCCAGUGCCAACCAGCUGAUCACACUGCCAGAGGCCAAGCUGCUGCUGAACGAGGAUGACUACCUGCUCAAGUCUGUGUACGACUACUUGGUCAGGAAGAGGAAGAACUGCAGAGGGCCUUCACUCAUCCCGCAGGUUAAGCAGGAGAAACGAGAUGGUUCCACCAACAAUGAUGCCUACGUGGCCUUCCGGCGCCGCACGGAAAAGAUGCAGACCCGGAAGAACCGCAAGAAUGACGAGGCAUCGUAUGAGAAGAUGCUGAAGCUGAGGCGAGAGUUCAGCCGCACUGUCACCAUCCUAGAGAUGAUCAAGAAGAGGGAGAAGAGCAAGAGGGAGCUGUUGCACCUCACGCUGGAGGUGGUGGAGAAGAGGUUCCAAAUGAGUGACUUCUCUGGAGAGGUUCUGAGUGAAGUCUCCGUGCCUCUGGCAGAAAAGACAGUCCAUCCCGCUCCUAUAUGUCUACCCAAUGGGAACAGGCAUAAAACGGAAAACAAAGUUAAGUCUCACAAGUCCACACCCAAACACCACCCGCACAACGUCACCGUCAAAGCCGAGCCUCACUUUGACUUCAUCCGGCCACACAAGAAGAGCUCGCGGAAGCCUAAGCUGGACACUCUGCGUCCACCCAGCCGACCGGAGCGCCCGCACACGGUCAACACAGCAGACAUCAAACAGUACGACUUCCACAGCUCUGGAGAAGAUGAGAACCCACAGUCUCCGUCCUCCGAGCCGGAUGAGGAGAACGACCCUGAUGGAGCCUUCGUUUUCAGGCGGAGAGCUGGAUGCAGUUACCUUUCUCCUCUUACUGAGCAGAGUGAUGGUUCUCCACCGGUUCUGGCCGGUCUCGAUGCCAUGUGGCAGCGGAACGCACUCACGGCUCUCUCCGUUCCCCGGCGCUGUGUCGGGGUGGCCCGCAGAAGGCUUGGCCGCGGCGGCAGGGUUCUGCUAGACCGACCUUCAUCAGAGCUGGACCGAGCCCUCAGGCACCUGGAUCCCGAUACAUUUUGCCCCUCUGUCACCCACAGUACCUUUGCCCCCCUCCCUACGGACUCUCACAUGGACACGCAUACGAACACACACAGCCCCUCCCCGUUUAGAACAACCCCCCAGCGCUCUUUGGCUCAGCUCCUCAGCGACAUCCAGGCCUGUAGGUGGCGAUACUUCCAGCCUCGACCUCUCCACCAGAACCAGAGGGACGAAAGCGGGAGGAACGCCCUUCACGAGGAUGACAGGAAAGGAGGAGGAGUGACCGGGACGAGUAGUUCCAGAAACACCGUUUUAGGUGGGAUUACAGAAGAACAGUUUCAGACACACCAGCAGCAGCUGGUUCAGAUGCAGCAGCAGCAGCUGGCCCAGUCCCAGCAGCAAGGCCUUCGGCCCAGCUCCAAUCUGCCCGAACGCCCACACGUGCAUGUGUCUAACACUGCAUCCCUGGACACCCUGUCCAAGACUCUAGACUCGGCCAGUGCCCAGUUUGCAGCCUCUGCUGUGGUCAGCACUCCCAACAAAGACGGCAAGACCCACAAUACAGCGGUCAAUGGCAUCCUUCCUAAUUCAGGAAGCUCCAGGCAGAACAAAUUUAGCUCCUCCGGCUCCUCUUCAGUCCGGCCGUCGGGCGCCUCCUCCAAACCCCUUUUGGCCGUGCCCCAGUCACUGCCCCAUGGUCACGGACCCCUGAGCAGCGUGAGCGCUGUGUCUCCCGCCCACACACACCUCAAUAGCGCCCGGCCCUGCGCCCCCUCGCCCCCCGCCUUAAAGUUGGCCACUGUCGCCAGCAGCCUGGACCGUGUGCCCAAAGUCACCCCUGCCAGCGCCAUCGACAGCAUCGGCAGGGAUAAAAAUGAACCAGAGAGACUGGCUCUUAACGGAAUAGAGACCACUGUGGCCAUGGAGGUGACAUAGCCUCCCCUUCCCAAAAGCAACCUGAACGGACGCUGGCGAGAUGCAGGAGCCAAAUACACGGACCUUUAGUGCAUAGCGGCAUAUCAAAAUAUAAAGAGUAAAUUUGUGAAUAUUACGUGUACAUUUUGUAAAAUUGGGAAUUAUCACUACCUUGUAAAAUAGUAUAUUUGUAUCAUUAGUGUCAUUUGUUACUUGAAUUCUAGAUAUUUUGUCAUCAUGCUUUUGCACUUGAAAAGACAGCCAGUGGAGCGUAAAGAAAAAAAAGUGCAUCAGUAAAUGCGGGGAUCAUGUGCAUGAGUACAGAUCCUACAUUACUCGUUUUAACUAUUUAUUUUGCCAUGUUUACAUUUUUGUAUCUCGUACAAAUAAAUCGGAUUUUGUGAGAAAAUGUGGAUAUCGGCAUAGCUAGCAUACUAUGUCUGUUUUUGUUUUCUUUUUUUUUUUCUUUUUUUCUGGAUUCAAAGGAAAAAGUGAUUUGAUUUGGUUUCAAAUUAUUAUAUUUUUUUUAGACAAUUUGCUGUCUUUUUGACAUCAUCUGUUAAUUUCGCAGGAGAUGUUUUAACAUUUUCAUUGUUUUUCUAAAGGGGAGAAAAAAAAUGCUUGUUUUUUCUUUUUCUUUUUUUUAUUACAGAGUCCGAGUACUUCAGAAUGUAUUUAUUUCAACUGAAGAUGGUCAAACCUUCUACAGUUGUAAUUUUGAUACCACUGAGUUAGGGAUACGGGCAAGUGCACACCUCCCUGACAUAAAAAAAAAUAAUAAUAAAAUAAAAAUCCUGCAAAAUAGGCCUGAGUGGUUAAAAGGCUUAGCAGGUUAAGCCGUUGUAGUGCAUCCGCACAGUGGUCAGUAUCGGGCAUAUGCUCCGUGGUCUUCAGUACUACCAACCGUCUUGCUGUGAAUGGUGAAAUUUAUACGUUAUAAAUUGAUCAAUCGUCUAUACCAAUAAAUGUCCCUUUUUA